AAGUGAAUAUGUUGAAAAGAAGUUAAUAAAAAAAGAAAGCUACACGUUUCUUGGAUCGAUUUUGUUAUACUGUCCAAUAAUUCUGUGAGUUUUCAAGUUCAACCAACCCAUCUUUAAAAUCUCAAGCUGAUGAAUAAAUGUCUUGAGAAAGUCUUUCAUUUGACUACCAUUAUAGACAAAUACCAUCCAUAUUUUCUAUUGAAUUUGAACCAGAACUCUAUUUAUGAAUGUUUUUAUUUUAUUAUUUUAUUGUCUUAUUAGCCUUUAUUUCUUAUUUCAUAUUUCUGCCUUUCUAGCAAUUUAUGCCUAGCCAAUUUUUUAUAAUACCUAUAGCCUUUAUUUUCAUGCUUUUCAUAGAUGAACGCUGCAUAUUUUCACAUCUAGGAUUAACAUGUAUAACAUAUCUCAAAAUCAAGAGUGAGUUUCUUAUUCUUUAGAUAUUCUGAUUCAAUUAAUAAAAAAGCUUCCAACCACUGAUGCAUUUGUGUCAGUUGUUCCUUAUGUUUUUUUUUUUCCAUAAUAAAUACGUCUUCUAAUUUCUGUGAAUUUGUACAAAAUCUGCAGGGUCCAUCUGGAUGGGAGAGUAAAAUAUCUUUGGGCGAUGGGGUGGGGUUUAUGGAGGGCUAAUAGAGGCUCGACAUUUUAACUUGGCUAUCUUAAUAUAUGUUGAAGCAUUCAUAGGUUUUUCAUGUAGCUGUUUUGUUGUAUGACUUCCACGUAAGCAAGUUGAGUCAGGUUCUGGUUUUGAUUGGUGAUGGAUUGGAAUAAAGAAGAGGCCACCAGGGCCAAGGGGAUUGCCGAGAAGAAAAUGGAAAGCAAGGACUUUGAAGGGGCUCGUAGGGUUGCUCUUAAGGCCCAACACCUAUGUUCUGAUCUGGAGAAUAUUUCUCAGAUGCUUACUGUUUGUGAUGUGCAUUGUGCUGCUGACAAGAAAUUGUUUGGGAAUGAGACAGACUGGUAUGCCAUCCUACAGAUUGAGCAGACCGCAAAUGAUGCAAUGAUUAAGAAGCAGUACAGGAAGUUUGCUCUCCAACUUCAUCCUGAUAAAAACAAGUUUUCCGGUGCAGAAGCUGCUUUUAAGCUUAUUGGGGAAGCUCAAAGAAUGCUUAUAGACCGUGACAAGCGUUCCUUGUAUGACAUGAGACACAGAGCUUCUGGGAGUAGACCGGCAGCUCCACAUCGGCCCCCUCAAAAGGCGAGCUGGAACUCAAAUGUCAGGGUUCAAAAUGUAUUCAGGGGCAAAUUUACAGCCUUGAAUCCUCAGCAGCAGCAGUCACAGCCAGCUCAAGCAGGGCACUCUAACGUCCGGCCAACUUUCUGGACAGUCUGCCCAUUUUGUUUGGUAAGGUACCAGUACUCCAGAGAAGUCGCUAAUAGAUAUAUUCGUUGUCACUCUUGUAAUAAGCCGUUCAUUGCAUAUGAUGUGAAUGGGAAUGUUGCUUCACCAACUGUCAACACAAGUGCACCACCAGCUACAAACAUGAGUCAGUCCACAUUUGCACCACAGAAAGAUGGUUCUUGCAAAGUGCAGGUGGGAUGUAAAGGGAAUCUUGGUGCUCAGAAUUCUAAACCAGAGCCUUUCCAGAAGAAACGUCGCAAUUCUGAGUUUGGUUCUGAAAAGGUGAGUGUUAAGAGAGGGAGGAAGCAAGUAGUGGAAUCCAGCGAGAGUUGUGACUCCAAUAGUAGCACUGAUGGUAAUCUUUCUAAUGUUUGCAAUGGAGACCAAAACCCACGGAGAUCUACACGGAACAAGCAGCAGGUUACUUACCAGGAAAACUUGAGUGAUGAUGAUGAAAUUAUCAGCAGUCGAAAAAGAGCUAAGGGAAUGAGCAAAAAAGAAACUGCUGACAAUAAUGGCCUUGAGCAACGUUCUGAAGUUCAUGUCAAUUUUGCAUCCAAUUCAGGAUCCAAAUUGACUCCAGAUCCUGAGUACCAUCAAUAUCCUGAUCCAGAUUUCAAUGACUUUGACAAUGACAGGAAACAGGAAUGCUUUGCUGUAGGGCAGAUCUGGGCCGUCUAUGAUAACUUGGAUGGAAUGCCUAGAUUCUAUGCACGGAUCAAGAAAGUUUUCUCUCCUGAGUUUAAGCUGAGGAUAACCUGGCUAGAGCCAGACCCAGAUGACGAGAAUGAAAUUGAAUGGGUCAAUGAGGACUUGCCUACUUCUUGUGGUAAGUUCAGAAAUGGUAACUCGGAAGACACUGGAGAUCAUCUUAUGUUCUCUCACUCGAUUUCUUGGGUGAGGGGAAGCAGGAGAGAUACGUACAGAAUUUUGCCAAGGGAGGGAGAAACUUGGGCCCUCUUCAAGAACUGGGAUAUCAAAUGGUACACAGAACCUGACCAGCACCGUAAAUAUGAAUAUGAAUUUGUUGAAAUCAUGUCAGACUAUGCACAGGGUGUGGGUAUAUCUGUCGUGGUGUUGGUUAAGGUGAAAGGUUUUGCAAGUCUUUUCUAUCCAAUGGUUAAGGAAGAAACGGGCACAUUUCAAGUUCCACCGGCAGAACUGUUUAGGUUUGCCCACCGGAUUCCAUCUUAUAAAAUGACUGGUGCAGAAGGACGAGGUGUUCCAGCAGGAUCUUUUGAACUUGAUCCUGCAUCUUUACCCCCUAAUCUUGAAGAGAGUGUUAUGCCGGAAGAUCUGGACAUGGAAAGCCGAUAUGGUAACAUUAAUGAGGACCGUAGUAGUUCUCCUGCUUCCGCCUCAGAAGCUAUUGAAAUUCCGGAACCUGAAUUCUACAACUUUGAUGCUCAGAAAUCCGAGGGAAAGUUUCAGAUCGGUCAGAUUUGGGCUCUAUACAGUGAUGAGGAUGGCUUGCCAAAGUACUAUGGUCAGAUUAAGAAAAUUGAUUCUUCACUGUCUUUCAAAUUGCAUCUUUCAUGGCUGGCGUCCUGCUUGCUGCCUAAGGACACUAUCCAAUGGCAUGACAAAGGCAUGCCCAUUUGUUGCGGCCAAUUUAAGAUUAGAAAGUGUAAAACACAGACCUAUACUUCCACUGAUUCCUUUUCGCAUCAGAUGAGAGCUGAUCCUGUUGGUAGGAGGCAUGAAUAUGCCAUCUUUCCCAGGAGAGGUGAGGUUUGGGCAUUAUAUAGGAACUGGACUGCUGGAAUAAAGUGUUCUGACAUGAAGAAUUGUGAAUAUGACAUGGUAGAGGUCAUCGAGGAAGAUGAUUUGCAGAUACGAGUGUUGAUUUUGGAGCGCGUAGAUGGUUUCAACUCAGUUUUCAAGGCUCAUAUAAAAGAUGGUUCAGAUGUAACUAUUGGGAUUCCGCGUAUUGAGCUUCUCCAGUUCUCCCAUCAAAUACCUGCUUUCCGUCUGACACAAGAGAGAGAUGGCAGCCUAAGAGGCUUCUUGGAACUCGAUCCUGCAGCAUUGCCUGCUAAGUGCUUUUCUUUAAAUUGAAGUUGCUGGAUCACAAACCUUUCAACAUCUUAAUCCAUGCACGCGCUGCCUCUCCAGCCGGUGUCUUAUUCACUGAACACUGGUGUGGUAAAUAGAAUGAAUGAUAUGGGAGAAGAUGCUCUGCAUUGGUACUGCAAUCAAGUGCAUAUGAUGCGAGUCUUUGGCAUGCAAUGACUUUUUUUGCGUCAGUUCGGCUGCAUUGGAGAGAGAAAAGGUUGCGAUGCUGGUUCUGUGCAUUCGGUCUUUCAGUUUAUAGUCCAUCUGAAUGAUGCGAUGUAACUUGGCUAAUUAUGCAUCAAUUUCAAAUCAGGGUGGAAUGGGUGCCAAACAUGAAAAAUGCGAAUUUACUCACUGCAAAGUGUAUAUAGUUUUGCCUGGUUUUUCCCGUGCAACUCCUCGUAGAUACAGUGAAUCCACUCGGCUUGCUCUGUGGUUUUACAGUAGGUAUUGUGAAUCCAACGAUGUUUGACUUGUACAAUUACGGAUGCAUCCAAAAUGGGACCUCGCGCUCACUCUCUAAAUUGUUUAGCAAGUAACACUUUCAUUAAAGAAAAAUGAUACGUUCAGUCGUCUGUAAGUGCUGCAUAAGCGGUUGUUGACGUGGAAAAAAAAAAUCAAAAUGCACCGUUUUGGAGAACGAAGUCAUGAGCCCUUAUCAUUCUCUCCUCAGUUUCCAUUUACAAUUCCUUCCUUUUUUGUGUUUCCUCUCGAUCUUUUUACGAAGUCCCUCCCCUCGAAGCACCUCCCUUCCUCGACAGCAUGUCCCUCCCCUCGAAGCCACCACCUUCCCUCCCUCAGUGUCAUGAUGGAAGCCUGAGACCCACACUGAGCAGCCUUCGAUUCCUCCUUUCCUCAGUUUCGUCUUCCAUAGAAGCCAUUGUUACCAUUGUACAGUUUCUUCAAUUUUUUAUUGGGUGUUUCGCAGGUGAAGUUGUUUGAUAUUGAGACUUUACUUCUCGACCAACCGGUAUCCAUCGUGUUGGAACUUCACUCGAUUUCUGGUUGGAAUCUACGAGGAACAAAAAAAUAUUCACGAUAGUGACCCACAGGGAGGAGAAGACCAGUUCAGUGAAGACCAGUUUGGUGGUUGUGGCUACAACCUCUUGAAGAUGACCCACACGAGGAAGAUGACCCACGCAAAUACCCGCACAGAUCCACUUGAAGAUUUGAAGACCACGAAGUCGGAGAUGAGCUUGAGAGGAAGACCACACCAAUGACACCAUUAAGCCGAAGACGAGCUUGAAGACCACUGAACAGA